AUGGCGUCGCUCUGCCUAUCAGUCGCCCUCUCAGCGCUGGAUAUGACUAUUGUGACCACGGCUAUUCCAAACAUCGUGGCAUCUCUCGAUUCGGUCGCUGGGUACAUCUGGGUAGGCUCGGCCUUCAUCCUCGGCUUCACCGCCGUGACGCCCAUCUGGGGUUCCGUCGCAGACCUCUGGGGGCGGAAGCCAAUCAUCCUCCUGGCUCUGACGAUUUUCCUGGUCGGAAGUCUGCUAUGUGCGCUCGCGCCACAUAUGGACGCCCUCAUCGCCGGGCGCGCCGUUCAAGGAGUCGGCGCCUCCGGUAUGGGCGUCAUGGUCAACACCAUUAUCUGCGACAUGUUUUCGCUUCGCGACCGCGGCUUGUACUUGGCCAUCACCUCUAUCAUUUGGGCCAUUGGUAGUGCGGUCGGUCCCGUACUGGGCGGUGUCUUUGCGACAAGACUGGAACUGAUUGACAAUCAAGUACCGAUCGGCGGAGUGGUCUUCGUCGUUCUCUUCUUCUUUCUCGACCUUCCAUCCCCCAACACUUCCGUCGCGGCCGGCCUCAAGGCAAUCGAUUGGACAGGCAGUUUGUUUUGCAUGGGCGGGUCACUGAUGGUCCUUCUCGCUCUGGACUUUGGCGACGUCACGCACCCCUGGUCUUCCGCUACGGUCAUCUGUCUCAUCGUUUUCGGCCUUGUCGCCAUUGGCAUCUUUCUCAUGAAUGAGUGGAAGCUCGCCGCCAAUCCCGUGCUUCCCUUGCGGCUGCUGUCAAGCUGGUCGAAAGCGGCUGCAUACUUCGUCUUCGCCUUCAACGCUUUCGUCUUCAUCGGGAUCACUUACUAUCUGCCUUUGUAUUCACAAGCGGUAUUGGGCGUCGACGCGUUAACGUCCGGCCUGUAUUUGCUGCCGCUAAUUGUCUCCUGCUCGUUAUCUGCGGCUUGUGCAGGCGUGUUCAUCCAGAAGACUGGUCGUUACCGGGUGCUGAUGUACGCAGCGCAGGUUCUCCUGACACUAGGCACUGGGCUCCUGAUCAACCUCGAGUUCGAACGUAACCUAGCAAAGCUCUUCGUAUUCCAGAUCCUCACCGGCAUUGGCGUCGGGCUCAACAUUGAAGCUCCUGUCCUGGCGGCUCAGGCUGCAACCACGGUACGCGACACAGCUGCCGUGCUGGCAACAAUGAGCUUCCUGCGCUCCAUCGCGACGGCCAUCUCUGUGGUUGUUGGUGGUGUCAUCUUCCAGAAUCAGAUGAAGGCAGGGAACUCAGCCUUAGUUGACCAAAUUGGUCACGACUUAGCAAGUCGAUUCGACGGGGAUAACGCGUCGGCUCACGUUGAAGAAAUCGGACUACUUUCUGCAGGCCAGCAAGUACCUGUGAGACAGGCCUAUUUUGGAGCACUAAGGACUGUGUGGAUUAUGGUCAAGAGGUGA